CUCGGAAAUGCCCACCAGAAAGCUUCGGGGGCACGUCAGCCACGGUCAUGGCCGUAUUGGUAGGUGCCGGUAAACACAGGAUGCACCCUGGGGGCCAUGGUAAUGCUGUGGUGGUAUGCAUCACCACAGGAUCAAUUUCGACACCAUCCCAGGUACUUUGGAAAGGUUAGUAUGAGGCAUUACCAUCUGAAGAACACAAUCAUCUGCCCCACAAUCAACCUGGACAAGCUCCCAAGACUGGUGAGCGAGCAGAUUAGGCUCAACUACAGCCAGAAGCCCAAUGGUUCUGCCCCAAUCAUUGAUGUGGUACGUGCGGGCUACUUCAAAGUUCUGGGAAGAGGCAAACUCCCCAAGCAGCCCGUCAUCGUGAAGGCCAAGUUCUUCAGCAGGAGGGCUGAGGAGAAGAUCAAGGGAGGGGGAGGUGCUUGUGUGCUGAUGGCGUGAGCACCUGCUACCAUCUUGUGCAAGAAUAAACUGUAUAAAAGGAUUUUGCGUGUUUUGUGUGUGCGUGUGUGCAUACACUAUAUGGACAAAAGUAUU